ACUAAUUUCUCGUGGAUUUCAAUUUUCUAAUUACCAACUUCUUUUUCAAAGGCCUCAGUCUUUCUCCAGGCGCCUGUUUCUCAAGUGUUUGCCGUAUUUUUCCCUGCCUUGUGCAGGUCAGUCAUAUUGUGGAAACGUUCGUGCGUUGCUGGGUGACGAAUGAAAGUAGAUUCCUUGACAAAAGAGUUGGUGGAGUAUACAAAUCGGCGCAGCUCAAAGGCAUUCAUUUGGUUCCACAAGAACACGACGUUUUAAUUUCUUCUUGGUGUUAUACCUGUAAUAACAUGCAUAUCAGCGCUGGUAUGCAAUGAGCUCAAAUAGAAUUAAUCCGUCACGAUUCAAGGGUAGUGAUGUGACUUCUGUUUCAUCUGACGCAUAUUCUCAGUUUGGUUCACAAAUGUCUUUGAAUCAUUAUGAACGUGAAGACUGCAGGAACUGUUUUCCCAGGAGAUGCCUCUUAAUCACAAGUGUAAUCUUACUCAUUCUUGGAGCAAUGGCAGCUGCUUUGGUCUGUGUGAUUAUAUUUGGAAUACCACCCAACCAGCUAACAACUCGAUUGUGUAAAACCACCUUAAACACAAGUGGCUUUUUGUGUGAUGACCAUAAAACCUGCAUUAUGUCCACACACGUGUGCAAUGGUAAAAUAGACUGCAGCAAUGGAGAGGAUGAAUCAAACUCAUACUGUGGAGACCUACCUAAAAGCCUCCCCACACACUUAGUUUUUACAUGUGGCAACCAAAAAUCCUGGACCUAUAUAGAUGAAAAGUGUGAUGGAAAAAACCAUUGCGGAGAUUGUUCAGAUGAAUCAGAAUUACUUUGCCCUGCCUGUUCUGGCUGGAAAUGUGUCACUGUCUUCUUCGCUGACUGUGACUGUAUACCCAAGAGUCGCUGCAGAGACAACAUUCAGGACUGCACUGACAUGAGCGAUGAAAAGAACUGUACAAAGUGACGCUUGAAUUAAUUUCUAUCCUUAAUCUUGGGAUUUCUUUUGCUAUUAAAGUUUUAAAAAACAAUUAAGGGUAAAGUACAUCUGAUUAUGUUAAAUUCCAUGCUAUAUUAAUAGUAUUGUAAGAUAAUACAACUUCUAACAAUUUUAUAAUUACAUUAUCUAUUAUAACUUUAUGUAGCAAAUAUAAUUCGACUGAAACUUGUUUUAUUUAACUGCUGACCAAUUUUGUCUUUACCUAUUUUAAAGAUUGCAAUAAUUAUUGCAUCACAUUCCAAAAAGGAUUUCAAAAGAAACUGAGAAAAUAAAAUAGAUGAUCAUUGGAGAUUUGAAAGCAAGAUCAAUUCUCAUUCUUCUAAAACUCCAGAUUGUAUCAAUUCAAUGCCCCAUCAUAGUACAACCCUUUGCAGGAAUCAAUCUAGUGAACCAUCAUUGUACUGCUUUGAAUGUACGUAUACCUUUCCUUAGAUGAGGAAAUCAAAACUGCACAAUAUUCCAGCCGUACUCUAAUCAAAGCUCUAUACAACUGUAGCAAGACUUCUUUAUUCUGAUGUAAUCCUGCAAAAAAAAGUUCCAUGGAGAAAAACUCGAGGUGGGCAUCCUUAGGAGAUACUUCACAGUAUGGUUUUCAGUGACUUGGAGACAGAAGGACAGCAGAUGCUAGAAGGUUAAAAUCAAUAAAUGUGAAGCUGGAAAAGCACAGCAUGUCAGACAGCAUCUGAGGAGUCAAAGUCAAUGUUUCGGGUUGAAAUCCUUCAUCCUGACAAAGGGUUUUUGGCCCGAAACAUUAGCUUCACUGCUCCUUGGAUGUUGUCUGAUCUGCUGUGCUUUUCCAGCUCCACACUUUGACUCUAGCUUCCAGCAUCUACAGUCCUUACUGUCUCCAAAAAAUUCAGUUGCCUUUCUAAAUGCUUCUUGUAUGAGGUCACCCAAAUCUCUCAGAAAUAAAUAUUUAAAAGUUCCUCAUUUAAAACAUAUCAUUUUUCUUGCAAAUUAAGUGACAGAAACUGGUUGUUUAGUGACAUUGUGCAUGAUCUAUAUCAUUUAAAAACUUUUCACACUUUUUGGA